GUCCCAAUUGUUAAAGAAAGAAACAGUCAGCGCCAAAAAUCGAAACCCCCAAAUUAAACACCCCCCUUUUUUUUUCUGUCAGAACCCUAAUUUUUCCAUCUCUGAGAUUUCAAAGCUAAAGGAAGAAGAAGGAGAAGAAAUGGCGGCGGUUCCGGUCGUCCGCUUCCCGAUCUUGAGGGCGGUGAGAGUGAUAGGAGUGAUAGUGGCGGCUCUGGUGCUCACCUGGACCGUUCAUUUCCGCGGCGGAUUGGCUCUCAUCUCCGAUAACAAAGAUCUUAUUUUCAACGUUCAUCCAGUAUUGAUGGUGAUUGGGCUGAUACUGUUAAAUGGAGAAGCCAUGCUAGCAUACAAGACAGUUUCAGGACCAAAAAACUCGAAAAAGUUAGUUCAUCUUAUGCUACAAUUCCUUGCCUUUUGCUUAAGCAUCAUCGGUGUAUGGGCUGCUUUGAAGUUCCAUAACGAUAAGGGCAUUGACAACUUCUACAGCCUACAUUCGUGGCUGGGUCUAGCUUGCCUAUUCCUCUUCACCCUCCAGUGGGCUGCUGGAUUUGUAACGUAUUGGUUCCCGGGAGGCUCGAAACACAGCAGAGCUAACUUGCUGCCAUGGCAUGUAUUUUUCGGUGUUUAUACUUACGCCCUUGCAGUUGUUACUGUAACUACUGGUAUAUUAGAAAAAGUCACCUUCCUUCAAACCAACCAAGUUAUAUCACGCUAUUCGACGGAGGCCUUGCUCGUAAACUCUCUCGGAAUAUUGGUCGUUGUUCUGGGAGGUUUUGUUAUUCUUGCCGUUAUUACUCCGAUGAAUAAUAAUAAAGGUGAUGUUCUCAGAGGAUCAAAAGAGUAAGCACAAGCUGCAAAACUGUGCUUACUUAAGUUCACAAAGAAGGCAAAGGUUUACCCAAAAUAUGGAUUAUACAAGAUUUUGUUAUUGUAAAAAGAUGGUUGUAUGAUUAAAGUAACAAAUCCCUUUUGUUUGUUCCU